CUUCUGGUCUCUAUCAGCUCUCCAUUCUUUCUUUUCUUACUGCUGUCUUCAUUCAAAUUUACUAUUUUUUUAACAUUAGUUCUACCCAUUCGCCCUUUUAUUCUUAUCAGCCUCCUUGUCCCGUUCCUCUCAGGCCAGAGAGCUCAGAGUUAUUCCUCUGUUUUGUGUUCCCAUGAGGAUGGGCUGCUUUACAGUAUUGAGAGGCAAGAAGAAGACAAGCGAGCAUUCGCUGACCAGGAAGCCGGUUUCCAUACACCAAAACAUCAGCACUGCACUUCCUGAACCGGAAGUUCGUAAACCAUCUCUCCAAUCUGCACCUCCAAGUUUUAGAAGUCAAACCAAACAAAUCCAACAACCUAACCAAACAAUGUAUAGCAGAGUUCGGGCACUAUCCGCACCUUCAAGCUUAAUUGUGGUUGGUCAAGAUGUUUCUUCUUCAUUUGAAUUGGAUGAACAAGAAGAAUUGAAGGCUCAAGUUGCAUCAUCAAAAGAGCAGCGGUUUUUGAAUCCUGUUCCUCUCCCGUUACCAUCUCCACGGGGUAAUUCUGUAUUGAAAAAUGCGGGAAGCUUUAAAUCUAGUGCUAGCGGGCACCAUGUCCUAAAUUAUGGUCCCCUGCCUCUGCCUCCAUUAGCUGGAGGCAGCCUUCGGAAUUUCACCUAUGAAGAGAUUGCUGCUGCAUGCCAAAAUUUUGCAGCUGAUAGGUGUGUUGCUGAAGGUAUCUCAUCUACUUUUUAUAAGGCCACAUUUGGAGAUGAUUUGGUUGGAUCGAAGAAGGUUGAAGCCACAGUUGCAUGCUUGCUUAAUUCCUCACAGAAUUUUAAAGAUUUCACCAAUGCGGUGAACACAAUGGCUUCUUUACAACAUCCCCAAUUGUGUAAGUUGCUCGGCUUCCAUGCACGUGAGGGUUCUGAUCAACGAAUGUUGGUUUAUGAGAGACUCUAUCAUGGAAGUUUGGAUCGACUGCUCUAUGGGAGAUCUGAUGGACCUGCAAUUGACUGGUCUGCACGGAUGAAACUCGCCCUUUCUGCGGCGCGAGGUCUCGCAUUCUUGCACGAAGAAGGGCCUUUUCAGGCUAUGUUUCAUGAGUUCUCUACUGCCAAUAUACAAGUAGAGAAGGACUUCAGUGCAAAGUUAUCAGGAUAUGGAAGCAUGAGCUAUCCUCCAGAAGCUGAGGUCUUAAACACUUCAGUGGCCACUGCAAACCUUUCCCUAGAGACUUUAGAGAAAGGAUUGCUAACACCCAAAAGCAAUGUAUGGAGUUUCGGCAUCGUCCUUCUUGAACUUCUCACUGGUCGAAAGAACCUCGAUUCUCACCACUCGAAAGAGGAGCGAAACAUCGUCAAAUGGAGCAAGCCUUUUCUCACCGACGAUUGCCGCUUAUCGCUGAUCAUGGACUCCCGAAUCAAAGGGCGGUGUCCACCGAAGGCCGCCCGCACCGUCGCCGACAUAGCUCUCAAAUGCCUCAGUAAAGACCCCUCAGAAAGACCCACCAUGAGGACCAUCGUUGAAGCUCUUGGUAAUGUCCAAGAUAUCAAGUUUCCCUGUGGAUAUCCGCUGCAAGAACCGACAUCUAUUACGGGAAAGCAGAUGUUGAAGUCAUCGAGCCUUGACGGCAUGAUUCUUCCAACUCCGCCGAUGUAUUUUUCGCCUUCCCCUCCAUCUUCAAUGAGCCAUGCAUUAGUUUCGCCCAGAAACUCACUCACAGUGGCUGCACCUGCUGUGACUUGUGCCUCCACUCUGACAAUGGAGGAAUAUAGGACAAGUUCUGUGAGGAGAUCAUCUUCUUCGACUAUUCGUAGGCCUGGUGUGGAGGGAUUUUAAUUAUUGUAUAUUGCAUUUUUCCUUUUUUUUAAUUUUGUUUUGUUGGGUUUUUCUGCAAGGUAAUGAUUUAGUGUUUUGUAAGAAUGAUUCAGGUAUGUAUGGCAUGCUGCUCUUGUACCCCUUUGGAGAAUAAUGAUUAAGAAUGAAAAAUCUGCAUAUAUAA